AUGCCUUUCUCUUCCAAGGAUGACAGCGCAAAGCCCUUCCACCCACUGGCCAUCCUCCCAGUCCUCGUCGUCGCAACAGCCUUCGUCCUCUCCUUCCUAUGCGUCUUCGCCGGGUCGAGGCCAGGCAUGAUGGAAGACUAUGCAGUCUUUACCCUCAACACCUCCCGCAUCGGCGAGAACCUCGUCCAAGAAUUCGACAACAAGAUCCAAAGCUUCAACACCAGCGGAAUCCUCGCAAAGCGAUCUGAGCCCGAACCACUUCCAGUUGUGCUAGCUGCCCGCGCGACCAUCACGACUGCACCUCUCCCAACCAUCACCCUCGCCCCUCGCGAUCUCGACGACCUUGUAGACGGCCUCACCAGCAAAGUCGGCGAAGUCAAAUCCGAAAUCGGCGGCAAAGCAUCCUCCAUCGCUUCUGCGGUCGAAUCGAAGGCGACAUCAGCAGCAGGCGCCGUCGAAUCCGCCGUCGCAUCCAAAGUCCAAUCCGCCAUCGAAGCCGUCAAAACCGCCCUCGUCCGCGAAGUCAACGAAGCAUACCUCGACUUUGUCGACGAAAUGGAUCUGAAAGGUUUCUACGCCGUGCACAUGAUGACGACGUGUGAAGGCGAGUACGUCUACCCCAACGGAACAAACUACACCAUCAGCCUCACAGCCCCGGAACCGAAGAACGGAACCCUCGAUGGUAAAGUCUUCACCUGCGAGAAUCACUCCAUGCUCAACCCUCUCACUCUCGUCAAGGUCCUGUACUGGAUCGGAAUCGUAUUCACAGGUCUCGCACUCGCCAUCGGAAUCUGGGGCGCAGCACGCUACAGCCGCAAACUCGCCAUCCUCAACGUCCUCGCAACUCUUCCAGGUGUAAUGUUCAUCGCUCUCGCUUCAGCCGCUACGCACGCUUUCGCAGCCGGCGCAGCCGGCCUCGUCAACUUCGUCGGCAACGGGAUUGGAAUUUCCGGCCAGAGUGGUGGGAAGUUCGUUGCGUUGACUUGGGCGACGACGGUGUUGCUUUUGGUUAAUAUGUGUCUUUGGAGCUUGCUGGCGGUGCUGGGGGAGCGGGUGCAGUUUCCUAGGAGGAGGAAUGGGGGAGGGGAAGUGGGUGAGAAGGUGCCGCUUCCGCCGAGUUAUGGUGGAUAUGCAGAGGAGCAGCAUGAGAUGAGGAUUAGACAUCCGCAUUUUCCCGGUGCGGGGGCGGCGUAG